UCACUCUCAAUCUCUUCCCCUCUCUAUUUUCUCAUACAUUUUUCACUAAUCAAAUGACUGUGGAAGCUCCAAUUUCAGCUGCUGCCACAUUGUUGCAUGAUGACAAUGUUCUUGAGCCAUGGACAAAGAAUAAGAGGUCUAAGCGUCCUCGUCUUGACAAUGAAAACCCACCAACAGAAGAAGAAUACCUUGCUCUUUGCCUUCUCAUGCUAGGCCAAGGUGACACCAAUUCAACCACAACCACAACCACAAAUUCAUCGACUCCACCUCCAUUGCCAUUAGCACAAACUGAUCUCACUUACAAAUGCACCUUUUGUAACAAAGCCUUCUCGUCAUACCAAGCUCUAGGUGGACACAAAGCUAGUCAUCGAAAGCAUAUUGGAAACCAAGACUCCCUCACCAGCAUUGUAACAAUAACCAAUAACAAUUCCAACACACCCUCGAACCCAAGUGGUAAGACUCACAAAUGUGCUAUAUGCAACAAGACUUUUCAGACCGGGCAGGCCUUAGGAGGACACAAGCGGUGUCACUAUGAUGGUGUGAUCCCUGUGAACCAUAAUCAUCGUAACUUCGACUUGAAUUUCCCGGCCUUGCCGGAGUUCUAGCCAGGUUUUUGUCAACUGGCAUUGAAUUUGUGCUAAAAGGUGAACUUUUAUCCCACAUGUAUUUGUUUAGUUGUAAG